CAAUCAGGAAAUAGCGCUGGGAUUUUCCCAGGAUAUACACUUCGAAGUAUCGGUACUGCAUUUGUAGGCAUGUCACUUAUAUUUUGCACGUUGAGCAACGAUUGGUAAAAAUAUUAUUUCGAUAUCCAAGGAAUCGAAUCUUUGUCGUCACCUGUUGAAAUUUAGACUCCAAUCCCGGACGGAAAAUUUCGUCAGUUGUCGCAAUCUGAAAUUAUCUGCAAACAUGGCUGGAGAAUUUCUUCCCAAGCUUUUCAGCUUCAUUGACGAAAAUCAGGAUGAGUACGUCAAGAGAUUGGCUGAUGCAGUUGCCAUACAGAGUGUGUCUGCUUGGCCGGAGAAACGAUCGGAGGUCAAACGCAUGCUGGAAGUAGUGGCCCAGGACCUCCGAAAGCCAGAAGUCGGAGCGACGAUUGAGCUAGCAGACAUCGGCAUGCAGGAGUUGGAGGAUGGAACGCGCAUCCCGUUGCCUCCUAUCCUCCUUGGUCACCUUGGCGACGACCCCAAGAAGAAAACGGUCUGCAUCUAUGGUCACUUGGAUGUGCAGCCGGCCAAAAAAGAGGAUGGCUGGUCGACCGACCCGUUCGUUCUGACUGAAGUUGACGGCAAGUUGUACGGACGUGGCUCGACUGAUGACAAAGGACCUGUACUAUCCUGGCUGAACGUCAUUGAAGCCUACUGCGCCUUGAAGCAAGACAUUCCCAUCAACAUCAAGUUCUGCUUUGAAGGAAUGGAAGAAUCAGGCUCUGAAGGUUUAGAGGAAUUGAUCGUGGCUCGUAAGGACACAUUUUUCAAGGACGUGGACUACGUGUGCAUCUCCGACAACUAUUGGCUGGGCAAGAACAAGCCGUGUAUCACAUACGGUUUGAGGGGGUUGUGCUAUUUCUUCGUGGAUGUGGAAUGUUCCAAGAAGGACCUGCAUUCUGGUGUCUAUGGGGGCUCUGUGCAUGAAGCCAUGACGGACCUGAUAGCGCUAUUGGACAGCCUAGUAGACGUCACAGGUCACAUCAAGGUCCCUGGUGUCUACGACAAAGUCGCUGAACUGACGGAGGAAGAAGCCAGUCUCUAUGGACCAAUCGACUUUGACAUGGAGGAAUAUCGUCAGGAGAUUGGAACUGAACGUCUGCUUCACGAUACCAAGGAGAAGAUUCUGCAGCAUCGUUGGCGCUAUUCGUCCCUGUCCAUCCACGGAAUCCAGGGGGCCUUUGACGGACCCGGUUCAAAGACAGUGAUCCCUCGCAAAGUGACUGGUAAAUUCUCCAUCCGUCUGGUACCCAACCAAUCGCUGGAAGAUAUUACACAGUUGGUAGUGAAGUAUCUGACUGAUAUUCACAAGGCGCGAGGCUCACCCAAUAAAAUAAACAUUUCGGUACACUUCAGAGCGAAGAGUUGGCUGAGUGAGUUUGACCAUCCUCACUACAUUGCUGGCCGCAAGGCCGUCAAAACAGUCUUCGGGACUGAGCCCGACAUGACACGUGACGGCUGUAGCAUCCCUGUGUGCCUGGCGUUCCAGAACGUCGCCAAUCAGAACGUCAUGUUGCUACCCUUGGGCGCGUGUGACGACAGCGCUCACUCUCAGAACGAGAAAUUCAACCGCUCCAACUACAUCAACGGGGUUAAACUACUAGGAGCCUACUUUGAGGAGGUAGCUAAACUGGAGUAAAACCGCCUAAACUGGUUGAACCGACCACUAGCUUGGAUUGAAGGUUUUAUUAACCAGCUCUCACUUUCAACUGUUUAGGAUUGGAAGCUCCUUUAAAGCA